AUAAUGUCAAAUAAUUUACUUCUGAUAUUUUAAAAUAAAAUGUUUUACUUUAAAUUAACAUUGACUUUGAUUAAAAUUCAAUCAAAUAUAAUGAAAGCAAUUGAAUAUAGAAUCUAGUCACAGUGACAUAGUCCUAACUCUUCUUGUACUAGCCUAGCCAAUGUAAUCUUCCGUUGUCAGCUGUAAACAAACCAAUAUGGCUGCUUCGGAUUCUGACAAACAAAACACAUCUGUCUUACCAUGAACACCACAUUGCAAUUGAAUAUAGUUAGGCCUCUAUAUGUAAUAUGUAGAAUUAUUUUCGAUAAUUUGGACUAAACAGUGUAGCUGUUUCAUGAAUCAUAACUUACUUCUUAGUCACAAAUUCCACAAUACGGAGAGCACAACAGACCUGAUAUAAACAAUCAGGCAUUCAAAUACAGAGGAACACUAUUUCGGCCAACUUCCGCAGUAAAUGAUGGCUCUGUUAAACUUAGGAAAAAUGAUAAUAAGGAAGCAUAUGUUAUUGAUAAUUAUGAAUUAUCAAAGAUUAAUAAAACAGGAGAUAAAAGAUUUCCUUGUAUGACAGAUAAUAAAUUAAAACCUAAUAGAGCAUUCAGCGCAAAAGGGAGACUAGAAGGCCAUAUUUCUGACAAUUCAUCAUCAAAACUUUCUAACAAAUCUACAGUAGUAAAUUUGUAUUGUGACUUUAAUUGUGCAAACAUAACUAAACCAAGUACUACAAAAGUGGAACUAAAAAAACAGGACAGCAAAAAACAUCCUUCAUCACAAGCAUUUUUCCAACAAGAUUCUGUGCCUACUAGUCAGAAAAAUCAAAUAUAUAUUAACAAUACAAAGCUUAUUCAGCCAACUAUUUGUGGAUUGACAGCAGAAACCAAAGACACAAAUAUUGAACUUCAGAUUGUGCAUACCAAGUCUCAGAAUGGUUCUCUUCAUACUGAUUUAAAUCCAAGAAUAGAAAAUAGCUGGAAUAAAAAAUACGAAAUAACAUCUGACAUUUGCCAUAGAGAACUACCAUCCACUCUAAAGCCUUUAAUACCUUGGAUAAGGCACCAAGCUUGCAGUAAAUUGGUGGGAAUUGAUCCAUUAAAAUGUAAAGUUUUUUUGUCUCACGAGUAUGACAGUGAGGAUCUUCAAGUGUUGCCAGAUGCCCAAAGGGCCAGUGAUGACUUGCCUUACAUAUGUUGUGUUGAAACACCAAGAAAACAGGUUUUCAGAGAAUACCCAAAACUUGAAAGUAAACCAAUGAAUAUAAGACCAGAAAAUAAAAGGGAAACAGUUGAAAAUGACCCUCACAUUAAGACUUCAGUUCCAAGGGGAAUAGCUCAAAUAAAGCUUGAAAUAGAAGAAAUGGAGAAUUUAAUGAAAGGUAUAGGAUCAUUAAAUGGCCAUUGCUCAUUUGUGCAGUUUCAAGCUGAGAUACAAAAUGCUCAAGAGAUGGCAAAAAGUCUGAUAAAGUUUUCUCCAAGAACUGAAGUACUGGAUCCUACAGAUCAUUUUGGUUUAUUAAAACUGUACAAAGAUCAUGAAGAAAUAAUGAAAAUAUUAAUUGAAAGAAGAAAUAAAUGUCUACACGAGCUCCAUCAGCUGCAACAAAACCUUGAGGAAACGAAUGUAAAAUUUGUGUAAAAAAUGGAAUAAUAGUAAAGAGCCUAAAUAUUAAACAAACUUAAAUGUUGUUUAGUGAUAUGUUAUUAUUGUUAUUGAAGUGAACUGAUGAUUUCUAUCUAGCAUUUUUAAAAAGUCAAAUGCAAAUGCUGAUGAUAGAUUUUUAUAAACUUAAAAAAAAACACUAUACAAUGCCUUCUCAGAAGAAGUUCUGCAUGUGUUUAUUGUUUUGCAUAAGAGUACUAGAAUUAAAUACUGCUGUGUUCAUACUAUAAAAGGCUAAGAGAGAACUUAUUAUUGUAUAAUAAACCAUAUUCUUUUAUAUCACAAAAAUGAGCCCAGAUUUUUCUGUAGUUCAGACUACUUGACAUAAAAAAAAAUUCUUCAGAUAUCCUGGCUCCUACAAAAACUACAGUAUGGAAAAGAGAAUUUGAUACAUUAAUUCAUCAAUAAUCAGAAUACUGUAGUGGCAUUUCUAAAACAUCCACAAACUUGUUUAAACCUUUUUUACACUUGUUAAUACCUUUUUAAAAUUAUGUUUAAGAUUAAAAACAUCAUUAUGCGUUACAAAUAAUUAACUUUUUGGCUAUUAGUCUAGUUGCAAUAACUUCUUUAAUACUUUAUCAUGUUUCAUAACAAGUGUUUCUUUCAGGUAUCUACAUUUUUUUGUCUUGAUAUAAAAUUCCUAUUUCUUUCUUUCAUGAUCUCUUCUACCUACUUAUCUAUCAAGUAUUAUAGGAUAAAACUUAUUUCUAUUCUUUGUAGAUCACUCAUCCUCACCUUUCUGGGCACAAUGUGUUGUUUCAUAAUGGAAUGUAAACUUGUGGGCUUUUUUUUAUCCAUCCCCUCCAAUUUAUUUUUAUGAAUGAAACAACAAUUAGGUUUUUUUAAUUUAUGAAGCCUACAUUUUUAAUUCCUUGAAGAGUCUCAAGUUUUUUUUGGUAAAAUUCCAAUGGUAAUUCUCUAAUAUAGCAGUCUUGUUUUGACAAUAUCUACACCACAUUUAAAUAUUUUGCUGUUGCAAUCAUGUAAACUUUUUUUGACCGAUGCAACAGUUGAUUAAUAAUUACAUAAAUAAUAAGAUAACUUUAAAUUACUACAACUUUUCUUAUAUAAGAUAAAAAUUUGACCACCAAUAAGAGGGAUACAACAAAGAUCAAUGGCGUAAAACAGAAGUAAAUAGCAGUAAAAAAAUAACCUAAGGCGAAUCAGAUUAGA